GUCAUGAGGAGAGAGUCAAUCAUGGCUGCUUCCGUGGUGCGGUGGCUAAAAAGAUUGUACGUUUUCAUGUUGACAUGUCCCCUCUGUGUCCCAGCCUUCUUGAAUUUUGAAGAGCUGAAUGAGAUGAAAUAUGGCAUUCAAAUUCUCUCCGACCCCGUCAUGUUGGGCCAGACCAAGGCAGAGGAGGUGAUGAUCGUGUCCAGCAAGUACAAGCAGAUGUACGAGUGUCGACUUCCAGCCCAGGCCAUCCGGUUUCAUCAGGACCCUGCCUCUGAGCCCGAUUCACAAGGGUACACUGGGCCUGACAUCCCUGAACUACUUAGUCCGAUGCACGAUGCCCAGUGUCUAGUAAAGACGAAGGACUGGUGGACAUAUGAGUUCUGCCAUGGUCUGCAUAUCAGACAGUACCACCUUGAAGACACAGAAAUCAAAGGGGACAUUCUCUUCCUCGGUCAUUAUGAAUCUGAAUUUGAUUGGAGCAAUGAAACAGCCAAGGCCUCCAAACAGCACAGGCUGAAGCGCUACCACAGUCAGACCUAUGUAAAUGGAUCAAAGUGUGACCUAAAUGGAAAUCCAAGAGAAACUGAAGUUCGGUUUGUGUGUGAAGAAGGCUCAAGUGACUACAUUGCCCGAGUGGAUGAGCCUCAGUCGUGCCGCUACGUGCUGACCGUUCACACCAGUCGUACCUGCCAGCAUCCGUUUCUGCGGCCACCAUCCACUGCCAAGCCACAGAGUAUUGUGUGCCAGCCAGCACUAAAUGCCCAGCAGUACAUGGAUUACGUCAAGGCUCAAGUCUCGGACACAAAGCGUAAAGUAGAGCAGAUCUCAGAGGAGCUGAGGACUCUUGAUGAGAUGCUGGCUGGUAAUAAAGGGGCAGAUGGUGCAGUGGAAGUAACGGCAGAAGAGACAUCACCUGCACCCAGUGAUGAACUGAACCACUUAGAUAUUGCUGAUGUAUCUGAGGAUGCCGGGUCAGAGGAGGCAGAAGAUUCUGACUUCUGGGAGGGAGUUACAAAGCCAGGAAGUUCAGAAACAACUGCUUCUCAACAGGAGAAUCAGGCAGCAGAGGAUGGCUAUAACUCACUUACAGACAAUGAAGUCAUAGAUGACGGUGAUGAAGUUGAAAAAUUUAACUUUAAAAUCAUCACUGACCCAGCUGACCUGAUGAAAUUUGUCCAACAUCUCAAAGAGAGCAACAGAAAGAAAGCACAAAAUCAGGUCAAAAGUCGAGGAGAGAAACCGACGAGCGACAGAGUAACAGAGAAGCUUGGCGAGGAAGAGAAAGAUGAAGAUGAACGGCUACAACAGGAGUUUGAGGAUGAGAUGUCCGACCUCUCAGUGACCUCUGAUAAGAUUGAAGAGAUAAAGGAGGAAAUGCAGAAGGAGUUUGACAACAUCAUAAAUGAGGCUCAGCAGGAAUUAGAGACAGAAGGUCUGAAAGGGGAGUUUGAUCGCACUCAAGCAACACAGACGCUGGAGACGACGCUUGACAAGCUACUUGAUCAUUUGGAGGACAAAGAUGUCCAGGACCCAGAGCAGCAAACAGCAGGAGUUCAAAGAGCCAGUGACCCCACCAGGGGCAGCCCCAGCCUGGCUCCAAAACAGCCAGACCAAGCAGCUGACGACCAUGUUAAGAUCAAAAUUACUAAGUAUAAGACGGGCAGCAGCCCUGAUGGGGAGGUCAAAGUUCAGGAGAUGGGCGAAGGAGACCCCCAGUGGCAGCACAUAAAGGACGUGGUUAAAGAACAGCUAGAGAGAGCAGGACUGAAGGCAGAAGGUAAAAUUGAGGUGAAGAUCUUGACGCGAAAAAAUGCAGAGGAGGCAGGUGAUCAGUGGCUGACUGAAGAAGAUACAAAGUCCUUCAGGGAGCUCCUCAUUAAUCUCCUGACUGGAGGCACAGAAGAGGUGUACAAAGAGCAAAAGAGGCAGCAGGAGUUGGAAAACAACUAUAAGUUUGUGUGGGGAGAGUCCCAGGAGGAGUCCCAGUCAUCCAGCACCUCUGACUCAGACGACGUGGACAUAUGAGCUCGUUCAGUGCACCUGUUGUGAUGGUGAACUCCUGUGGAGAGAGCCCCAAUUAUUCAAUUACUGCUAUUAAACCUGGUGGAUAAUAUCUACUCACCUGUUUGCACAUUCAGAAAAUGUGUCUGUGUGUCUUGAAUAGGCAAUACGUGUCUGGAGUAGGCACAAGUUACAUGUUGCACGAUGAGAAUGCAACAUCUCAGCUGUACUGUUCAGUUGAAUAAAGUUAUGCAUUUUCCACUUUUUGAUGGGAUUCAGUUUUGAAAGAUGGUACCAUUUUUUUUUUUAGUGACUUCAACUGAAUAUUUGCAUCUAGUCCUGAAGUUGUCAGCAGCACUGUGUCCAACGUUGAAUUAUUACUUGCUUUUGUGUUAUAUGUUGCUAUUGACAAAGAAUCCCUUACAUUUAAAAGACAGCUGGAGGAUAUUGUGCAUGCCUCAACGAACUGGAGGAGUGUUUGAACAGGUUGUUUAAUUGACUGUUUACUCAAAAGUAUGAUUUUGUCUGUACAUGAAUAACAAAGGACAAAUACUGGAUUUAAAAUAGUUUGAGGGUUCACAUUUCAGUUCCCACUUGUCGUUGGAACUUCCUGUUGCUGCAUUUGGUGAUUAGAUUAAACACAAUUGUAGGUUACGGAAGUGUUUGUACACAAGCUGUGGCACUUUAUAUAUUUAGAAAAAGUUUGUGUAAACUCGGAAUUCUAACAUUGUUUCACAAAAAUGUCAGUUUCUUUUGGGUUGUUGUGCUUUUAAAUGAAUCCAAAAGAAUAUUACUUAAGUUUAGGAAGUUACAUCUUUUAAGUUUGUUCUUUUUUAACUUGUACUAAUUUCUGACAAGAAUGAUAUUUACCAUAAUUUUGCAAAGGAAAAGAAAGAACGCUACAAUAUCAAUCAGAUUCAGUGAACACAGAUAAUGAAUCCACACACAACUUUUCUAAAGAUCCUUCAGAGGUGUAUUUAAGGGCUGAAUUUGUAUAACUUGUGAAUAACUGACAACUUGGAACUCAACUUGUACAUAAUUCUUUGUGAAUAUGUUUUUCAAUUGAUUUGAUGUAUAAUAGCACAAAUUAAGUUAGACUCGAGUUACCUGAGUAAAUGUGUUCAAACUUGUG